CUUUCUGCGAUAGGUGUAAGAGGUAAGGCCGUAUACAUCAUAUAUCAUUACUACUCCUACUAGCUAUUAGAGUCUUGACUUUUUCUUUUUCUUUUGUCCAUCUAAUGCGACAAUCUUCCCGUCGAAUUUGUAAAAUAUCUCUUAGCUCAACGGCGCUGCAAAGACGAUGGCAUUUUGAUAUUGGGGCUUAUGCAGAAAACACGGACAGAAAGAAACUAACUGCCCUCGCAGGCUCAACGCUAAAUGCCACUACAUCCACGACAUAUCCAACAACGUGAUCCCGCAAGGCGCGCAGCUAGUAAUCUACCAGCCGCACUCGCUAUCGCACGACGCUCUGCUGCGCGGCGCGGAGCCCCUGGAGGGGAUCACCGCCGCGCAGAUCCUGUCGCUGAUAUCGCCCGGGCCCGGGUCCGGGCAACAAGUCGACUGGCGCGCCGUCGUCAACAUGUACUUCCUGUGCAUACACUCGUGGUACGCGGUCAUCCACCCGACGCUCUUCGAGCAGCAAGUCGCGAGCCUCGCCGCGGUGACGGACGGGUCUGACACUACUGCUGCUACUACCACCACCACCCCCGAACACCCCAAUCCCAACGCAGACCGGCCCGCCAAGACCGCCGCGCUCCUCGUCGCCGCCAUGUACCUGCUCACGCGGAUGCGCACGACGGACGCGGGCCCGCAGCCCAUCUUCGACGAGACGUACCGGACGGUCAAGCGGCUGCUGUCGUCGCUGCUGCUGGCGUGCGCGGGGGACCCGCACCCGGAUGUCGAGGUGGUGCAGUGCGGCGCGCUGGUCGCGCUGUACGAGUACGGGCACGGCGACGCGGUCACCGCGUACCGCACGCUGAGCCAGGCCGUCGUUACGGCGCGCGUGCUGGGGAUCAGGCCGGCGCAGCUGGCGGAGGGGAGGGGAGGUGAUAUCGGCAUGAUGAUGGGGACGGGGGCGGGGGCGGAGGAGGAGCAGAGCGGGGGGCUUUGGUGGGGGAUGUUUAUAUUGGAGCAGUUCAUCCACCAGGACGAGAACGCGGUGGACUUCCCGUUCCUACUAGAAAGUCCGACGCGGAACACGCUUCUGCCCGAGACGCCUCCGACGACGCCUCCGCCGAACUCGACCGGAGGCCAGACCGGAACAAGGUCCGGAGCCGGGAUGCCCAUGUCGCCGCCGUCGCUGCCGCGGCACCUGAGCACCAACAUCCUCAUCGGCACCGAGAAGUUCGCCGGCUUCCAGCUGUCAGCCAAGACGGCAUGUCUAUUCCACCGCGCGCUCCGCAUAGACAAGGAGCGCGACGCUCGGCCGGGCAAGAUGCCGCUGGUGUCGACGUAUGCGGACCUCGAUAGGGAGAUCAGGGAGAGCACGUUGACGCUGCUGGGCGAGACGCUGGAUUGGGAGGAUAUGCUUGAUUGUUUUGCUAUGCUUGUUAGCGCCCUCUUCACCCUCUACAUGCCCUACCUCUCCAUCCUAGAAAGCACGCAGCGCUUCUCCUCCGCGCCCGCCUCCUCCCUCGUCGCCUCCAGCGCCGAGAUCUCCACCGCCAUGGCGGCCCUGCGCUUCGCCUGCAAGAUGUCGACCGACAUAUCGUGCAAGCUGAACGCCAACUUCGGCUCCGCCCCGAGGUCGCCCGCCUUCCUGUGCGCCCCCGCCGGCGCCACUUGCUACCUCGUGAUCCAGGCGUACGCCGCGCUGCGGCGCAUCUUCCCCGAGGAGAGGGCCGAGUGCGAGGCCAACAUCGAGGAGAAGUUUGAGAGCUUGAAGCUGUUUAGUUUUCGCUGGGGGAUCGCUGAAAAAAUGAUGAGCCAGCUCGAGAAGAAACUCAACGUCGACCGGAACCACUACCUCCAGCGCUCGCGGCUGGUGCCCCCGCCGCAUACCAUGUGCUUCGACUUCACGCCGAGGUGACAUUUCGCCCCCCCGCCGCACGGGAACCAUUUUUACCCCCUUCCCUGUUUGUAGUAGGUGCCGAGAAUAUAUAGAUAUGGACGU